CGUCGACUAAAGUAGAAAGCAGUCUGGUUCGAACGCAGCCGCGGUUUGGUUCGUAACUCGCGUAUGCUCUUUGCUCAGAACAAUUCCGUUGCGGGGUUGGUUGCACCGACGAAGCUGAUUUGCUGCAGCAGUGAAAGGUCCAAGAUCUUUUUGUGACUUUCCCGGAUUUUCGUGGCAAUGUUUUUCCUCAGUUUAUCGUCGUUUUAAAGUGCAUUAGAAAAAAGAGGCGUUUCAGUUUGACCCUAAUUAAACCAAACAGCGAGAAGUUUUGGAUAAUUGAACCAUGAAGGGGUACCUUCACCGAAACGCAGAAGAAACCGAUGAAAUUUGUUUAGUUCUCGCGUUUUAAUUUUCCAGGCUGAGGCUAUUUUUUAUCCGGCCUGCAGUGUGUGAUUCAAUUCGUUUUGUUUAUAAAUAUUUUGAACGCAUUUGAUUCGGGUUGGCAAUCUCAGCUGGAUCAUCAUCAAUUUGCGUGGAAGUAGCCGGAGCAAGCUUCAGAAUCCAGAAAGUGUAAUGGCCAGUGUUUCUAAUUAGUGGUGUGAAAAAUUGUUCAAACCCGAGUCGAGUGGCGGCCACUUCAGAGAGCGGUAGUUCUCAAGUGUAUCGAUAGCGAAAGUGGUUUACUAACAGUGCCAUAAUUCCUCCACAGUAUCUUCCUCGAGUGUUUCAAUUAUUCAUGCCUCGAAGCCAGGGCACGCCUACGCAUAUCCUUACUGCGGUUUAUGCAAAUUAUAUCAGCUACUUGAGAUGACUGCGUGACUGAGAGAGGCCAUCAUAACCAAAACUUUGUAGACUGACGAUUGGAAACUCUUUAAGAUCUCAAACCAUUGUGAUAUUGUCCGGCUGAUUAAUUAUCGCCUGGGAUUGCAUACAUUGUGUAGCAGGAGACACAACUACCGUGAUCAUCAUCAUGCUGAACAGAUUGCGACUGCACAAAAAAAAGCCGCCCAAGUCGGAGAGCAUCUCCGCCGCGACCAGUCCAGUGAUCCAGGAUGCAGAUAAAGUCAAUCGGAGCCUUAUACUGGAUAAUAGUCGAUGGGAGCGACGACUACAAAAAGAACUGAUGUCCCUCAUUAAAGAGCCUCCGCCGGGAGUGACGGUUGACGAGGAGAGUGUUAGUCAAAACUUAACCCAAUGGAUUAUUAACAUCGAUGGUGUUGAGGGAACACUCUACGAGGGGGAACAUUUUCAGCUGUUAUUCAAAUUUAAUAAUAAAUAUCCUUUCGAUUCGCCCGAGGUGACGUUUAUAGGUUCAAAUAUUCCCGUACAUCCACAUGUGUAUUCAAACGGCCACAUAUGUUUAUCAAUCCUAACAGAUGACUGGUCACCAGCGUUAUCAGUACAAUCAGUGUGUCUUAGUAUAUCAUCGAUGCUGAGCAGUUGUCGGGAGAAGCGGCGUCCACCGGAUAACGGAAUCUACGUUAAAACUUGUAACAAAAAUCCUAAGAAAACUAAAUGGUGGUACCACGACGAUUCUGUAUAGAGCGGAACUCCUAAGUUCAUUUAUCGUUAGCCGUAAUAACUAAUACUAAAUGAACCACCUUAAACCAUUGGCCGCAAGCAAGCAAGCCAGCCAUCGCAACAACAACAUACAGAAGCAAAUUAAGCAGCAAAAUUUUGCCUAGAUUAAUUGACCCUCAAAAGAAUUCGAUUGUUGUAGGACAUUGAUGCAAGCUACAGCUAUAUAAAUUUUCCAAAUGCACAGAAAAUCGAAAAUAGAUAAACAUCAACAAACAACAAGCCGUAAAUAUUCCGGAUAUUCGUCCAAAUACAAAACAAAUUAGUUAGAGUAGAGAUUAUCAGAUGUAUAUUGCUCAUUGCUCAGUCCCCUGGUAUUGAGAGGAGAAACUGCACUCUUCUUUUAUUUGAUGAACACAAACUGAACAAAUAGUUUUGAAACACUUUUCUUGCAUAUAAAAAACAAAUCCGUUAGCUAUUUGAUUUGCGCUGUUGUGAAUAAAACGAAAAAUAGUCAGUUAAUUUUACUUAUAUUGCUAAGCGUUUUUAGCAAAAUGGAGCCUAUGAUGUAUAACUUAUUUUCUCUAUUUUGAGUUCGUAUAUAUGGACUAUAGUGUUGGUCAUUGGUUUUUCUGGCAGUUAGCGAACAAACGUGAAUUUAUUUCCUGCAUCGCUCGACACCGUUAAUAAUUUUAAAUACCUGCUGUAUGACCACGUUCAGAAUACACUUCAAAGAUAUAAAAGUACACAUUCCUUUUAAUUGUUUAAUUGCGGAUAGAAAUUUGAAAAACAAAAUAAAACGUUUGGAAGUGAUCGACAGUAUUUCUACCAAAGCAAAAAAAAAAAAGUGUGCGAAUAUGGCAAAAAAUAACAUAACAGUCCAAAUGUGUUCGGAAAAGAGGGAAAAUAGGAACAGAGUAAACACAUACACAUUCACUUUGUCAGUUGUUACAGUAUAAGCGGAUAAGAACUUCCUAAUGUAUCCACAAGGCAUAGCAUAUAGAUACAGUUAAUCUCGUGCGCGCGUGUAAGAAAUUGAAAUUUUAUCGAGCAUUACAUUUUUGAAGCAUAUGCGAAUAUAUACUUACCCAGAGAAUUAUAAUGUUAAAAUUGCAAAACAAAACACACUGUGAGUAGUUUUUAUGAUGACUAGUAUAGACAAAUACUAUAAUGUUUAGGAGAAAAAGAUUCGCAAAAGGUAUGAAAGGUAAAGUCGUAUGUAAAGCAAACACUUACUAUAAUUAGAUUUUAUUUUAUUAUCGGCGAACAAUAAUCAUUGUUAGAGCUGGAAUUACGAAAAAAAAACAACUGCUG